AUGUUGUUCAACCCAAUUGACAGUUUUUACCAUUUCGUGAAGAACAUAAGUAACAUCAUCAGCAAUAAGAAGCCUGGAGUUGAAUUCGGCGUUCCUGAUGAUACUCCAGGACCAGUGGUGCGGAUUGACAGUGGGUUGGUAGAAGGGUUUGUUCAUAAAACAAUUAAUGGAGAUGCAAACUGCUUCUUGAGCAUUCCAUAUGCUGGGCCUACAGAGCGAUUUGAGGUAAAUACGUCUAUUAGUAGUUAGCAAAAUUUAAAAUUUACAUUUAAAAAAAAUAAAAAUAACUCUGACUUUUUAAAAUUUAAUGUUUUAAAUUUAUCUUUUUAAAAAACCAAUAUAUUUUGUGACAUUUCGCAGCAUUUUAGUUUUAUAAACCAUUUUUCGAAAAACCAAUAAAUAUUGUGACAUUUCACAACAUUUCACUUUUAAAAACAUCUUAUCAAAAAAAUCGAUAUAUUUUUUGACAAAGCAAAAAAAAUCAAUAUAGUUUUUGACAUUCCGCAACACCUUCAUUAUAGCGUGCACAACCCCCACAACCCUGGAACAAAGUCUUCAAAGCCAAGAAGUUUGGCUUCGUAUCUGUUCCUCAUCACGAUGUAGCUACGAAAUGGGAAUACCAUGAAGAUAGUCUGACUGUAAGUGUAUUGGCACCAGCCGAGAAACGGGAAGGUGGAUAUCCAGUGGUCUUCUUUAGUCAUCCUAGUGCCUUUUCCUUAGCUUCGGCAAAGACUAUGAGAUACGAAGGCUUCUGUGAGAAUAUUGUGAGCCAAGGAUGUGUUUUUGUUAUGUUCCAGUAUAGAUAUGGGUAUUUGGGUGAGUUAAUAUGAUUUAUGAGUUUGGGCCGUAAGACAAUCUUUAAAAUCUGAAUUUUUAAAAAUAUUUUGUUUUAUUUUGACAAAAUAGUAGUAUAAUUAAUUUUAACUAACAAUCUUCGAAAUAUUUUUAAAAAUUCAGGUUUUGCCUCAACCGGUGACUCAGUUCUACCAGGCAACCUCGGUCUACAUGACCAAAUCCUAGCUCUAGACUGGACCCUUAAAAACAUCCACGUCUUCGGCGGAGACUCCAAUAACAUUACUGCUUGGGGAAUGUCAACUGGAGGUAUUUGCUCAUCCCUUCUAGCUAUAUCUCCAAAAACUCAGCGACAUUUCCGUGGCCAUAUUCAGAAUUCCGGUGGAAUCUUGGAGCCAAGUUUGUUUGGAAAUCAUGUUGUACUUGAAACAAGAAAGCUUGCUAGAGCUUUGGGGUGUACUUCUGAUGACUCUGAAGAAAUAAAAAGAUGGUUGAAGAAGGCUACAAUUAAAGAGUUGAUGGAUGCUCAGGAAAAGAUUGGCAUUACGAGAGAUAUGUUCAAGUUCAGAUGGGUACCGAGAUUGGAUGGGGAUUUGUUCUCUGAAGAUUUGCCUGAGCUUAUAAAGAAGGCCAAGCCAGUACCGUGCUUUUCUGGGUACACUACUGAUGAAAUGCUGUACUUUUGUAAGUUUUUUGUAAAAAAGUAAACAUUGUGUGUUUUGGCAAUAUUAUAGUAGAGUGAGGGUUGUAGUUUGAAACUUUACUUACAGCGUUCAAACUUAUUUUAGUAAGUUUAAAAAUUAUUAUAAAAAUGCCCGUAGGCAAAAAAAGUAAAAUAAAUUUUUUAGUAAAAAAAAAAUUUUUAAUUUAAAAUUUUUUAGACAACGGUUUUCUAAAAGACGGUGCCAAUUUGUAUGUAGAUGAAGAAAAGUUGAAUAAAUUUGAUAAAAAUGAACUGAUUCACAAAGUGCGUAAUCUACUGUUUACUGAAGAAGACUAUGGCCCAAAUCAUAAAGCUAUCGCUAAUAAGGUGUUGGAUUUCUACAUCACAGAAGACGCUCCUAAACAUAAAGACCCCAUCUACUGGCUUCAUAUUGAGAGACGGGUAUGUUUGCAUACAAGAAGUUGUACAAAAAGAAUAUGACAAAGUAGGGAUGAGAAUAGUAUUAAAGCUAGAGCUAGAGCUAGAACUAGAGCUAGGACUAUAACUAAGACGCACAGAACUCAAGACCACAAUCAAGCUAUGGAACGUAGACCAAGGCCAGUAAUAUGCUAUUGCUAUACGCUAUGUUAAAUAUGUUUUACACUUUUCGCAACAAACUUACUGUUCUUUUGCCUUUACUGUAGUUUAAUAUCGUGACAAGUCAAUGAAGAAGAUUGUGCGGAUGAUUGAUUGUUAAGAUUAAAAGGUUCAUUUGUCAAUCGCUACUGAAUAGUAAGAGUAUGUAAACAAUUCCAUUACAGUUUUAAAUUGUUUGCGUGAAAAAUGAUAAGUGAUUGUUAAUGCAACUUUUAUUUAUAGGCUGUGUAAAAAUUGAAAGUAUACGUUUAUGUUGAUGGUAAACUUAGAAAAAAAUAUAUUAAUAGGGCUGUACAGGGUGCGCCAAAAGUUCUGUUACAUGGUUUUUUACUCAAAUAUUUAUUUUAACAACAAAUAUGACUAAAACAACAAACGAAAUGAAAAAACGCGAAGAAUAAGCUAAAGUACAAAAUUUUAAAUAAUUUAAAGCAACCCAGAGAAAACGACUGGUAAAGUUUUGUAACAGAACUUUUGGCGCACCUUGGAAAGAUACAUUAAGAUCUGACAUGCAAAUAAGGUAUAUAAUAUCACAGUAAAGCUACUAAAAACAAAAUAAAAAAAAUAAUUUUAGUUGCUAUCCCAUCUUGCCAUAUUGGUUCCGAUGUAUAUGGAAAACAAGCUGAAAGCUGACAGCGGAUGGCCAGUUUAUGUCUAUCAAAAUGCUCAUUGGAGAGAAGAACAUUUCGAUCCUAAGGACAAAACUGCACCACUAAGAGGGUGUAUGCAUGUUAGUGAAAUGAAACAGUUUUGUGGUGCACCUGUACCCACAAAAUAUGAAAUGAAUGAAGAUGAUUUGAAACACAAACACGCCUUGGUGCAAAGUCAUAUAAACUUUUUCAAAACUGGGUAAGUUAGUACAUUUUGGUUUAUAGGAUCUGAUCUAGGCCUAUUAUAACUCAGGCUCAGUUCAAAUCUGUGCUUAUUAUAACUAAGGCCCAGUUCAGAUCUGGGCCUAUCAUAACUCAGGCCCAGUUCAGAUCUGGGCCUACCAUUACUCUUAGGCACAGUCUUUAACCAAAUUAGCCUUCCAAGCGCUUAAUCUAGCUUUAGCUGCUUUCUAGUGUUAUACAGAUAAAUGUAAAAUACGCGCAAUUUAAGUUUCCAUUUAUUAUAUCUGGGCCUAUCAUAACUCAGGCACAGUUCAGAUCUAAACUUAUCAUAACUCAGGCCCAGUUCAGAUCUGGGCCUAUUAUUACUCUUAGGCCCAGUCUUGAAUCAAAUUAGUUUUCCAAGCGCCCAAUCUAGCUUUAGCUGCUUUCUAGUGUUAUACAGACAAAUGUAAAACACGUCUGAUCUUAUUUUUGUUUUUUAUAGAAACCCAUCAUUUGAUGACGUAGAAUGGCCACAAGUCACAUCCGAAAACUACUGUGUUAACGUCGCUUUGCUGCCAGAAUCCAAAAUAAACCCAAAGUUUGAAGGGGACCAAAAAGCCCUUGAGUUUUGGCUCGGCAUGAUUGAAGAGUUUGGGGAUUCUGUUAUCAGAACUAUUCAUGGAGGCCAAAUGUAA